UCUCAUGCGAUCCUCUCUCUUCUACUAUCUGAUUUUGCCGCUAGUUCUUCUGCAAAUAUGUUCAAACCUUGCUACGGCUGGUUCCACUGUUAGGUUUCUCCCAGGAUUCGAAGGACCUCUGCCAUUUGAACUCGAAACCGGGUAUAUAGGAGUUGAAGAAUCAGAGGAUGUGCAGCUUUUCUACUACUUUGUCAAGUCAGAGUCCAUUCCUGAAACAGACCCUCUUGUGCUCUGGUUGAGCGGAGGCAACUGCUGCACCUCAUUCUCUGGGCUUGCUUAUCAGAUAGGCCCAAUAAAAUUUGAGGAAGUGCUGUACAAUGGGACUUUGCCCAAGUUGCUGUUAAAUCCCUAUUCUUGGACUAAGCUGGUAAGCAUAAUAUUUGUCGAUUUGCCGGUGGCAAGUGGUUUUUCUUAUGCAAGGACUGCAAAAGCUUCUCAGUCUACAGUUUCACAAGCCUGUAACCAAGCCUACGAAUUUCUUAGAAAGUGGCUGGUUGAUCAUCCAGAGUUCAUUUCCAGUCCAGUCUAUAUUGGUGGAGACUCGAAAGCAGGGAUUAGGGUGCCAAUUGUCACUCAGCUUAUAUCAGAUGGAAAUGAGGUCGGUAUUGAGCCACAUAUCUAUCUUAAGGGAUACAUACUGGGAAAUCCUGUCACCACUCCAGGUGAUGGAAACUAUGCAAUCCAAUUUACUCAUGGGAUGGGGCUGAUUUCUGAUGAGCUCUAUGAGUCCUUGAAGCUUUCCUGUAAAGGAGAAUAUCAAAAUAUAGAUCCCAGCAAUGCCCUCUGCUUGCAAAAUAUGCAGGCAUACAAUCAGGCAAGCAACCACUUUUCUGCAAGUUUUGUGCUUCUCUAUUUUGAGAAAUUAGUCACUAUCCAAGUCCAUAUACUCAACUUCCCAAACCCCUCCCCCUCUCCAAGAUUACUUAGUAACAUUAACAAGGCACAUAUUCUGGAGCCUGACUGUCCUUAUGCUUCCCCAAAGCCAAACAAUUUAUUCAUUGGCAGGAGAUCGACUAUUCAAGUGUUCUGUGAGAAGACUCGAGAGCUGAAAAUUCAGGAACUUGCUGCACCAUUUACGUGUCGUAUGGAUGGAUAUAGACUUGUUUAUCAUUGGGCUAAUGACGAGAGUGUUCAAAAGGCCCUCCAUGUCCGGAAGGAGAGUAUUGGAGAAUGGAUAAGAUGCAACUGUCGCUACCCGUAUAUAAGGAAUAUAGGAUAUAGUUUGCCAUACCAUGCAAACCUCAGCAUUAGAGGCUACAGAUCUCUCAUAUACAGUGGUGACCAUGAUAUGAUUGUGCCACAUUUUGGAACUCAAGCAUGGAUAAAAUCUCUUAAUUAUUCCAUAAUAGAUGAUUGGCGCCAAUGGAUUCUACAAGGCCAAGUUGCCGGUUAUACGAGGACCUACGCAAAUAAGAUGACGUUUGCAACAGUAAAGGGAGGAGGCCAUAUUGCUCCUGAGUACAAGCCUGCUGAAUGUCAAGCAAUGUUUGAAAGGUGGAUAUCUCAUCAGCCUCUAUAAGCAAAAUGUCCAGUCCUAAGUAUGGCUGCAACUUGCAUCCCAAACUUCGCUGUCUAAGUUAUUUUUAUUUUCAAGGGGCUGCUU